AUGGGUUCGUCCGGUUCAAAGUCGACCACAGCAACUACCACAUCCCAUAGUAGGACAACUACCACCAGUAGUACAAGUAAAAAAAGCUCUACGAGUAGUACAUCUACUUCAAUCUCGGAAAUUGUUGUAAGCAGUUCUAGUACAUUGGUGUCUUCUGUUAUACCCGCAGUUACUUCUAGCUCAUCUCUCUCUUCUGAUACAAUUGCUUCAAUUCUUUCGUCGGAGUCUCUAGCUUCCAUUUUUUCUUCUCUUUCAUACACAUCACCUAUUACUACCACUACAUCGACCAAUAAUAUCGAAUUAUCAUCCGUUAGCCCUUCAAGUGUAUAUAGUGCGCCUUCAUCCACCGUUAAAUCCUCCGAUUAUAUUAUAGCCACCAGCUCCAUAGGCGAAAGUACUAGCCAAACAUCAUCCCUGAAAAUCAGUCCAUCAGGUGUAAGUGCUUCAUCUUCAGAACCAUUGAAAACGUCAUCCGUCCUAGAAUCAUCUAGUUUAACUUCUGAUACAACCGUGAUUACAUCACUGUCAUUCUCCUUGACAGACUCUCAAAGUAUUUCCACCACGUUGACUGAGCCUUCAUCCUCCACAAAAACAAGCUCUUCCGGACUGGUUGUUACAUCUGCCAGCGCUGUCGGCUCUGAAAGUGAUAUGUAUGAUUUCUCGAGGGCAAUAUCCAGCUCUACUACCUCAACCGCUUUGACAUCUUCCACUUCAUCGACAGCUUCCAGUCUGCCAACGUCUGAAGCUUCUAUCUUGACGCCCUCUAGUGUCUACACUUCUGAAGUUUCAUCACACAUUACUAGUUCGACACUUUCUGAAUCUCUACCAAAUAUCUCUGCAGCUUCAUCAACCACCUCGACUUUAAAAACUUCUGAUGCCGCACCUGCUACGUCAAGUUCCAUUACUACAGUAGCCUCGUCUGUAAAUUACAGAUUGACAGCCUCUAGUGCGCCAUUCGUAAGAAAUACAACGAUUGAAAACUCUUUAUCAACAAGUUCCAGUACGAUCGCCUGUACCAGACCACCAGCAACAUCUACUUUACAGACUUCUGAUACCGCAUCUGCUAUUUCAAGUUCUGUUAAUACAGUAGCCUCUUCUAUAACCUCUACCUCGACUCCCUCUAGUGUCUACACUUCCGAAGCUUCAUCACACAUUACUAGUUCGACACUUUCUGAAUCUCUACCAAAUAUCUCUGCAGUUUCAUCAACCACCUUGACUUUAGAAACUUCUGAUGCCGCACCUGCUACGUCAAGUUCCAUUACUACAGUAGCCUCGUCUGUAAAUUACAGAUUGACAGCCUCUAGUGCGCCAUUCGUAAGAAAUACAACGAUUGAAAACUCUUUAUCAACAAGUUCCAGUACGAUCGCCUGUACCAGACCACCAGCAACAUCUACUUUACAGACUUCUGAUACCGCAUCUGCUAUUUCAAGUUCUGUUAAUACAGUAGCCUCUUCUAUAACCUCUACCUCGACUCCCUCUAGUGUCUACACUUCCGAAGCUUCAUCACACAUUACUAGUUCGACACUUUCUGAAUCUCUACCAAAUAUCUCUGCAGUUUCAUCAACCACCUUGACUUUAGAAACUUCUGAUGCCGCACCUGCUACGUCAAGUUCCAUUACUACAGUAGCCUCGUCUGUAAAUUACAGAUUGACAGCCUCUAGUGCGCCAUUCGUAAGAAAUACAACGAUUGAAAACUCUUCAUCAACAAGUUCCAGUACGAUCGCCUCUACCAGACCAUCAGCCACAUCUACUUUACAGACUUCUGAUAUCGUAUCUGUUACUUCAAGUUCUGUUAACACAGUAGCCUCCUUUACAACCUCUACCUCGACUCCCUCUAAUGUGUCAUUCGUAAGAAAUUCAUCGAUUGCAAGCUCUUCAUCAGCAGGUUCCAGUUCGGCAGCCUCCAACAUAUCAUCAUCCCUAUCUAGCUCGUUUAUCGAAGCUUCAUCCAGUAGUUCUAGCUUAGCUACUUUCAAAAUCUCUUCCAAUUUCCCUAACCCGACUAGUUCAAAUAUAGGAUUCGUCAAUAGUUCGAUCGUUGCAAGUUCUUCAUUGAUUUCCACCCGAUCAACUACUUCUAGAGUUCUAUCAACCGCAUCUAGCAUGAUUCCUUCCGAAAGGACAAUCGCGUCUAGUAUUACCACAUCUAGCGCAAAGUUCUUGAAUAAUACUGGCACCGCUAGCUCAUUGUCAGCAGUCUCUACUGUGAGUACUUCCAGUGUACCACCAGCCACUUUUAGUUCUGUUAGCUCAGAUUCUUUUUUGACCGCCACCAAUGCCCCAUUUGUAAGUAAAUCGACUAUCGGUAGCUCAUCAUUAACAGAUUCUAAAUUUGUCACCCUUAAGACUUCGACAAUUAUUUCUGAAACUCCUUCAACCAUUUCUGGUAUGGCCAAUAGUGCUCCAUUUGUAAGCCAUUCAACUAUAGCUAGUUCUUCGCCAGGCGUGGUAGAUUUAAGUACCGACUUUGAAUCACCGUCCUCCAGUUCAGCUACUGUAAGUAAACUAAUAGUAAGUGGCGAUACCAGCCCUUCAUUAGCAGUCAGUAGUUUAGCUACUUCCAUAGUCCCAUCAGCAACAUCCACUGCACAAAAUCUAACCAAUUCGACCACUUCAGGCUCCGUUUUAGCCGCUCGUAGCAUCUCUACCUUUAAAAACUCGUCUGCAGCUUCUACAAUUGGUACAUCUAUUCUUAAUCCCAUCACUUUCGUUUCCACUUUAUCUCCGAUAUUCACUCAAACUACAAGUGUCUCUGAUGGUACAACUGUUCUAUCUACUGAUAAAAGAGUUAAAACACUAACCUCAACAGCAAACUGUGGUAGUUACAGUUUCUCUUCCAACACCACUAAAACAAAAAUCGAAAGCAAGGAAAAUACUGUAACAGCGACCAUAACAAGUUGUUCAGGAGGUUGCACCAAAAGUAAAAACUCAAGCACAUUUACGACUAGAACAGAUCAUAAUGCUUCUACUUUCACUACUUGCCCAGAAAGAGGAGCAACGUCAACCAUGAGUGGAAAUGGAAAGAAGACCAACACUACCAUUAGCUUAGGCAACGGUGCCACAUUCACGUCUUCGAAAGGUUUCAGAGGCGUAUCUACUCCUCAGGAAUCUCCAAAUAUUGCUUCAGAAUCAGAAAUCAUAAGGGGCUCAUCAACUGUUACAGUGGAAGAGACAUCAUCAGCAACCAAGGUUAGGGGAGGCGUACCUGUUGAAGGGACAAAUGGUUCAUCAACAACCCAGGUUACGGGAAGCGCAUCAGUUGAAGGAACGAAAAAGAAAUUGAAUGAAACUUCAGAGGAUAUAUCAAUGUAUAAGGCAACUAAAAAUGCAUCAACUACCUCAAAAUCUUCAACUGGAAGUCCAGUUGGCAGAGGUGAAACUACGCUUCAAACGAUAAAGGUUUCAAGCAAAAAGCCAAUGUCAAAAUCACAACUAGUCUCAUCCACCAAAAAGGCAACCAAGUCUACUACAAAACCUACCACACCUAUUCACGGAACAUCUUUAUCCACUACACAAACAACAGUGCCUGCAGUUAUCACGACGGAGGAAAAUGCUGGUGUGCCCUUGGAUAUGAACAUAAAAGUUUUUGCUAUUGGUGCUAUUGUCUUGUUUGCUUAG